AUGUCUAAUUCUAAGCUUGGUGAUAUCGAGUCAAACAUUAGUGCACUCCUUGAAGUUGCCCAAACGUUGGCCCUAAUGCCGUCAAAAAAGCCCUUGAAUAAAUAUUUGCUGUUUCGCAAUAGUGUGUUGUCCUUAGCGAAACAACAUAGGUUGCCCGAAUACAGUGCACCCGAUUUAAAACGAUUAUGGCAUAAUUUGGCUCCGAAUCUUAAGAACCUCUUCCAAAUUAUUGCUAUAAGUACAGAGCACACUCCGACGAUUGUCACUAAGGUGCGAGCGGCAACUAAAAAAAGGGCAAAGCGACAACACUUUCAACAUGUGUUCGAAGUUCAAGAACCAGUUCAAGGAACGUUGAACAUGACUAAUAGCAGAUAUCCACGGUUUUCAUUUGUACCGGAACCAAGUAUUAGGAGACUUAAGCAAGAUGCGUUGUUCGGCAAGUAUACGAACAAUAACGACUACUAA